AUGGCCGCCCCGCCUCCGCCCCCACCCACCGCUGGCGCUCGCCUCAGCGCGCCCAAGCCCGCUUCUGUUCCCGCCAAGAAGACGUGGGCCGAGCUGUUCCCCUACCACUGCGCCGCCCAAUUGGGGGACGUGGCUGGGCUCACGCAGCAGAUCGAUGCCAUGCCGGCCAGCACCCGCACCGCCCAGCUCAGCGCCAGGGACGAGGACGGAUGCGUGUUGGGUUUCGAGUGA